AUGUAUAAAUCUGCAGUGCUUAGAAACUUAGAAGAGAGUUUGGUAUUCAGAGAGUACAUUUCUGUUGCUGAAGAAUUAGAGCAUGAGAAGACUGAUAUUUGUACACAGGAUGUCAACCUCACCUCUUCAGAUAUAUGUCUGGAUCCACAAAAUUACCUGAGCAACUGGGAUGAAUCUCACUCACCGUGCCAGUUUCACGGUGUAACGUGUGAUGAAAUUUCUGGUGUGGUCACAGGAGUAUCACUCUCAAAUGCCUCGCUGUCAGGCACAAUAUCACCAUCAUUUUCUGUUCUCCACCAGUUGCGUACUUUGGACCUCAGUGCAAAUUCCAUCUCAGGCACUAUCCCUGCUGCACUGACCAACUGCACAAAUUUGCAAGUUCUUAAUUUGUCAGUGAACAGCUUGACAGGCCAAUUGCCUGAUCUUUCAUCAUUGCUCAAACUGCAAGUUCUUGAUUUAUCAACAAAUAGUUUUUCUGGUGGAUUCCCUGUGUGGAUCAGCAAAUUGUCAGGCCUAACUGAAUUAGGCCUAGGAGAGAACCGUUUCGAUGAAGGUGGUGUUCCUGAAAGCAUUGGACUCCUGAAGAACCUGACAUGGCUAUUCUUGGGGCAGUGCAACCUUAGAGGAGAGAUACCAGCUUCAGUUUUUCACUUGGAGUCACUUGGGACCCUGGACUUCUCGCGCAAUCAGAUGACCGGUGUGUUCCCGAAGGCGAUAUCCAACUUGCGCAACCUGUGGAAGAUUGAGCUCUACCAAAACAAUCUGACCGGUGAAAUUCCUCCUGAGCUUGCACACCUGACAUUGUUGUCUGAAUUUGAUGUGUCUCAUAAUCAACUUACUGGUGUACUGCCCAAGGAAAUUGCUAGCCUGAAGAAUCUUAAGAUCUUCCAUAUCUACAGGAACAACUUCUAUGGUGAGCUUCCUGAAGGACUGGGGAACUGGGAGUUUCUUGAGUCAUUUUCAACUUAUGAAAAUCAAUUCUCAGGAAACUUUCCUGCCAACCUUGGCAGAUUCUCACCACUCAAUACAAUUGACAUAUCAGCGAACUAUUUUACCGGUGAAUUUCCAAAGUUCCUGUGUCAAAGCGACAAGCUGCAGUUCUUACUGGCUUUGAGCAACAACUUCUCAGGUGAAUUCCCCAGCUCUUACUCUUCUUGCAAGACUCUAGAGAGGUUUAGAGUAAGUCAAAAUCAGUUCAGUGGGAGCAUUCCUCAUGGCAUAUGGGGAUUGCCUAAUGCUGUGAUCAUUGACGUUGCUGACAAUGGAUUUAUUGGAGGAAUAUCUUCCGAUAUAGGCAUUUCAGCCACCCUAACCCAGCUGCUUGUUCAGAACAACAAUUUCUCUAGUGAACUUCCAAUGGAGCUGGGAAAUCUCUCUCAGCUGAAGAAGCUGGUUGCUUCCAACAACAGAUUCUCUGGCCAAGUCCCUGCACAGAUUGGUAACCUGAAGCAAUUGUCAUACCUGCAUUUGGAGCAGAAUGCACUGGAAGGGUCAAUACCACCAGAAAUUGGUUUGUGCAACAGCCUAGUUGACCUUGAUCUUGCAGAGAAUUCUUUGUCUGGCAAAAUUCCUGACACAGUUGGCUCCCUUUUGAUGCUGGAUUCACUCAAUCUAUCCCACAACAUGAUCUCUGGUGAAAUCCCUGAUGCAUUGCAGUCACUGAGGCCAACCUAUGUUGAUUUCUCUCACAACAAUUUGUCUGGACCAAUCCCCCCACAGCUCCUGAUGAUUGCCGGAGAUGAUGCAUUCUCUGAAAACUCUGACCUAUGUGUCACUGACACUUCAGAAGGGUGGAGGCAAUCUGGCACCAGUUUACGCCCUUGCCAAUGGAUUGACAACCACCAUAGCUUCUCACGGAGGCAGCUUUUUGCUGUGCUGAUCAUGGUGACCUCUUUGGUUGUUCUCUUAUCUGGAUUGGCAUGUCUGAGGUAUGAAAAUAACAGGCUUGAGGAUUUCAACAGAAAGCAAGACACCGAGAGUGGUGAUAACAGUGACUCAAAGUGGAUUGUCGAGUCCUUCCAUGUGCGAGGGCUCAAUCCAUCAGCUGCUUUGCCGAAAAUAUUUUGCCAGUGCUACCCAAACUCAGCUACUCUAUUAUUCAUCUUGUCCUGUCCUGAGCUUCCAUAUUCUCUAAAGGCGAGAGAAAAGAGUGACAUGAGCUCUAGUGUUGCGCCGUCAGAGUUUCUUAGUGGACGUAGCCGGACAGACUACCAGUUUGAAGGUGAACUGGAAACUGUGUCCGGGGUUUGA